AUGCCGAACCAGGAAGAUGUUCCAAUCGCUGCUUCUGGUGACCUGCAGGUUGGCACCUCCCAAGCCCCUAUGCUUUCUGCCAGCCUCGAUCCCUCUUCACCAUAUCAUCUCCAUCACUCUGACAAUCCUGGUGCGUUGCUUGUUUCCACGCCACUCAAUGGUGACAAUUAUCCAACUUGGCGGCGAGCCAUGCGCAUGGCACUCUUUGCCAAGAAUAAGAUGAUGUUCGUUAAUGGGACCCUAACACGUCCCACUGCACCACUCUCUGCGGUCCAGACUUGGGAUCGAUGCAAUUUCAUGGUUCUUUCCUGGAUCCUCAAUGUCCUCACCAAGACCAUUGCGGACAGCGUGAUCUACGCUGAGACUGCCUCUUCAAUUUGGAAGGAACUUGAGGAUCGGUUUUCUCGCAGCAAUGCUCCUCUCGUCUUCCAUUUGAAGCGCUCCAUCGCCACUAUACAGUAA